AUGAAAAAGCAAACCAAAAUAUUCACUUCUCUUACAAAAGAUGUCAAGAAGAAAUUUAAAAAUUUUGUAAAAGGUACAAUUAUCAAAAACUCGAUCCAAUAUAGUACGAACACAAUAAAUAGAUUGAAAAAUAUUAAUCAUAUUUCCAAAUGGAAUUUUAAAUGA